GUUCGCCGCCCAAAAUAGAAGCUGAGGAAAACGGAGAACGAAGUCAAAGAAAGUUGAAAGCUUUGCACUCUCGAUUCUCGAAUCAUAUCUAUCUUCUCUGAAUCGUCUGCGCUUCUCUCAAUCUCUGGCCACUUGCUCGUUUCAAUCGAUUACAGCUCAUCCGUUCGCUAUGGAUUUCUGAACUGCCCUAGAAAAUAUGAUGGAAAACAAUGAAAACUGUUUCUGGAAAAAUUGUAUCUACGAAGGCUGUCAGUCUCUCGAAAGCUGCCAAUAUCUUAUCAAAAUUUGUAACCUCCGACAAUGGAGCUUCUCAAUCGGUGUCAGCUUAUCUUCGUCGUGCUUCUGUGGCAUUCAACGAGCUUGUAUACUUUAAAAAGCACAACAAGCUGAAGAAAAAGGCGAAUGAAGACGCCUCAACCAUAUCUGAUAUAAGCCAAAGAAAUUUAGAAGAAGAUGAUGUUAGGGUUCCUAAAAAUGAUAAUGUUGAAGACAAGAGUGAAGACAAGAAGAAAAAUAAGAAGAAGAAGAAGAAGAGGAAGAAUGUAGAGGUUGAUGGGGGAGAAAUUGGCAAUUUGGAAGGACCUGAAAGGAAGAAGAGAAGGAGAAUUGAAGCUGAUGAAUAGCCCUGAAAAUUUGUUAAAAUUUUUGUUGUUAUUUUAAGUUACAUUACAUGAUGAAUUUGAUAUUAUAUUUGUGCAAUUGUUCAGCUUCUAGGCAA